UGAGCAGCUGAGGAGGAAGAAGAGACUGCGACCGAAGGCGGCACAGCCAGGGGCUCUUGGGCAUGUGGGUCCGGCAGGUACCCUGGUCAUUCGCUUGGGCUGUGCUGCAGUUGAGCUGGCAAUCAGGGUGGCUUCUAGAGGUCUCCAAUGGGCCCUGGAGGCCCCUCACCUUCUCCCCAGCCUGGCUCGCAGUGUCAGAGGGAACAAAUGCCACCUUCACCUGCAGUUUCUCCAACUGGUCUGAGGAUCUUAUGCUGAACUGGUACCGCCUGAGUCCCACCAACCAGACUGAAAAACAGGCCGCCUUCUACCACGGUUUCAGCCAGCCUGUCCGGGACACCCGCUUCCAGAUCAUACAGCUACCCAACGGGCAUGACUUCCACAUGAACAUCCUCGACACUCGGCGCAACGACAGUGGCAUCUACCUCUGUGGGGCCAUCUCCCUGCCCCCCAAGACACAAAUCAAGGAGAGCCCUGGAGCAGAGCUCGUGGUAACAGAGAGAACCCUGGAGACCUCCACAAGAUAUCCCAUUCCCUCACCCAAGCCAGAAGGCCAAUCUCAAGGCUUGGUCAUUGGUAUCAUGAGUGUCCUAGUGGGUAUCCCUGUAUUACUGCUACUGGCCUGGGCCCUAGCUGCCUUCUGCUCAACGGUUAUGUCAGAGGCCAGAGGAGCUAGAAGCAAGGAAGACCCUCUGAAGGAGGAGCCUUCAGCAGCACCUGUCCCCAAUGUGGCCUACGAGGAGCUGGACUUCCAGGGACGAGAGAAGACGCCAGAGCCCCCUACCCCCUGUGUGCACACAGAAUAUGCCACCAUUGUCUUCACUGAAGGGCUGGGUGCCUCAGCCAUAGGACGUAGGGGCUCAGCUGAUGGCCCACAGGGUCCUCGGCCUCCAAGACAUGAGGACGGACAUUGCUCAUGGCCUCUUUGACCAGAUUCUUCAGCCAUUAGCACGCUGCUGGCCCUCAUCAGAGAGCACCAGUCCAUUCCUCCGCCAAGAGGAACAUGCAGGCUGCAGUUCAGCCAAGGCUCCCCGGGUCUGAGCUAUCUGGAGUGACAGCUCGGCACCUACCAAUUCCAGCGCAUACACUGUUGAGUGAGCUCUCUUCCGGUUUACCACAAGCUGGGAGCAGCAGGCUUCCCUGUUUCCUAUUGUCACAAGGGUGCAGAGCUGGGGCCUAAGCCUAUGUCUACCAAAUCCUACUGUUGGGCACUUCUAGGGGCUUGAAACACUGUAGCCUAUGGCCUCUGUGGGUUCUGUGCCUGGAAAUGGAGAGACCUGAUUACAGUCUGCUUUGAGUAGCUCUAUGAGGCAACCCCAUAACAAGGGGUCCAGGUAUACUGUGGGCCCAGCACCUAAAGCCACCCUUUCGAGAUACUCAGGUGGGGCAUUCAUAGGCCGGGGGGACUGAACUAAUCCCAAGGCCUGGAAAAGUUUUGGUGAAAACUAGAAAAGCUCCUAGCUUCAGGGGCCUGAGAAGCAUGAGCACUUACCAGAGGAAAGCACUGUGAGAGUCCCUGCUGUCCCUGUGCGUGCCCAGCUACCUCAGCUCUUUCUACAGCAGGAAAACUAAGGCAAUAAAGGGGACCAGCAGAGCCAGACCCACCCACACCUCCAGUGAGACACUUGACUCUCCCUACCCCUCCUAGGAACCAACAGGACAAGGUCCAUGUUGGCAGCAGGGAAGGUAAAGGGGGACACAACCUUGACCCACACCAAUUCUGGCCAUGGUUUAGGAGCCUGGUUUAGGUGUUAGGAUCACCUCAUUCACCCUGUCCUGCAGUGCCGUCCUGGCUCUCCUUCACACCUCCUUCACACUGUAAGGCUCUGAAAUGAGCAAGGGGUUUAAGGGUUCCCUUGACACUUCAGACAGUCAAGGUAGCAAGAGCCUAGCUGUCUGGUGGGCACCCGAAAUGACCAGGGCUCAAGAGUCCCUUUCCUUAGGUUCAAGCCCACUAUAAUCAAAUGUUACCAAAAGC